CUGGAAGGAGAAGAAGGAGAACCUCUGGUCAGGUGACACUAUAUAAAGGUUUUCACACCGAUAGUAACAUGUAACUCCGUUUCCAGGAAAUAAUUGUAAAAUAUUUUUAAAAUACAGAAUUGCAAAAACAUAGCUAUAUGUGUGCAAAAUAUUGAAAGAGAGUCAGUUGUAAUCUCUGAGCAGAUUUCUUUUUAAUUUCACCUUUAUUGAUGUGUAGGUUUUUGGUGCAGAGUGUGCGAGGGCUUCCCAGGAAGGCGGGAUCUGAAGAGCUGGUGGAGGAACUCACUGGGUGGCCUAAGGAGGUUAUUGUCCGAUUGGCUUCUAAGAAAGACUCACGUUCCCUGAGGCCAAAGUCUGGAAAAAGAGGAGGAGGACGGCAGAGAAGGAGCUGGGAAUGGCUGUUCCUCAGGAGUGCAGGCCCUGAUCUGUCAAUGGGGGACAUUCGAGGCUCUGGAAUAUACGUCCCGAAUGCCCCUCCAGUGGACAGCUGGCGAGAGAGUCUGUGAGGGAGAUGAAGGUUGUCAGGACACGCUGGUGCUCAUCGAGAAUGGACCUCUGGUGUACAUAGUGCUCACCAAGGGCUGCACCCAGGCCACGGAUCACGAGGCCCGCAUCACCAAGCACAACCCGGGCCCUGGCGUGUCUGUCAUCUCCUACACCCGCGUGUGCCGCCAGGAUGCCUGCAAUGACCUCCCCACCACCCUCCCUCUCUGGGAUCUGCCCUCCCCCACAGUCCCAGCGUCCAUGAGGUGUCCAGUCUGCUUGUCCCCAGCAAGCUGUAGGUCUACCAGAGAGGAGACCUGCCCAGCCGGGACCACACACUGCUACAGUGGGGAACUGGUGUUUAUCGGAGGGGGCAUCGGAACCAGUGUCAGCAUCCAGGGAUGCGUGCCUCAAGAAGGCUGCAACUUGUUUAAAGGGACUCAGCAUAUCGGGCCCUUGGUAAUGAUUGAGAACUGCAUUCCUAGAGGUUUACUGACCUGUCACCAGGGAAACAUGCAGUGGACUCAUCACAACCUGUCUCAUGAACCUGUCAAAUGGCCCACGCAGAGGCAACAGACCUGUGAUAUUGUGGAGGUGUGUCAGGAGACGCUUCUGCUCAUAGAUGUAGGACACACGUCACUCAUCCUGGGGAGCAAAGGCUGCAGCUUGGACUGGACGGAGCCUGCCCCCACUAUCUCCAUACACUCGGGGCCGCCCGGCGUGCUCAUUGCCUCCUACGCCCAGUUCUGCUCCUCUGAUGGUUGCAACAGGGCCAACAGCACCAGCGUCCUGCUGAAUUCCCUCCCCCAUCCAGCUGUGCCUGCCCCAGGAGACCUACAGUGUCCUGCCUGUGUGGAGGUCUCUGGGACCUGCGCAGAAAAUUCUAAAAAUAUCACCUGUCCUAAGGGCACCACUCAAUGUUACAGUGGCUACAUUCGUCUCAGCGGAGGUGGGGCGUCCUACACAGUGAACGUUCAGGGCUGCAUGACCCAGCCUUCCGGCUCCUUGUUGAACCAUACCUGGGAUAUUGGGGUCUUCUCUGUAUACGAGAGUUCUGAUGGGAAUGAAACGCUCCCCCAAGCCAGAGCUGCCCCUCCCCUCUAUCUGGCUUGGGCGGUUGGCCUUGGGCUAUUUUUAGCCCUUUGGUAUGGGGAACCCUCCGUGCUGACCCUAUUUCCCGAUGAUUCUUAGCCCCUGCCACACCUCCGCAACCAACCCUCCCUUGAACUCAUAACGGAACAGCCUUGGAUGCUGAAUUUCCCAGUCCUCUCCAUGAAUUAUUAUCCCCACACACUUUAUGACCUGAUAACCACUUAGGGAGGGGCUUGGGAACAUUGAACUUGCCCUAUGGACAUUCGAGCAGUGGCCACCUGUGUCUGAUAACACACCAUCCUUUCCCCCAACACAGGGUUUCUCUACGUGAGGGGAGGGCAGGGCACCCAGAGAUCUAAGAGUGGGUCAGGUCGCCAGCCUUCCCCUCGGCACUGGCUCUGUCCCCCUUCCUACAAGUCCUCCCAAGCCACUUUAAAAAAGAAACUCACUUCCUGGCUUAUUCUUCCUCCCACCGCCUCCUCCCUUCUCAGUCACAUAUCUUCAGCUGUCUGGAUACAUUUCUUUGCUUCUAUUUUUUCACCUUCCACUCACCCUUCCUUUCCCGCUUUCCAUCGCCCCCUUCUCGAACAUCCCUCUUACCAAAGUCACCAACAUCCUCUUCCAUUGCUACACUUGCCCGGUGCUCCUCAGGCUGGUGUUGCGGCAUUUGACCCAACACCGUACUUCUUUCCUGGCAUCAGCCCCCUAAGGGUAAAUGCAAAUCAAAAAGGAAAGAAAACUUCAUCUUCCCUGGCACAAAAAGGGAAAGAGAUCCCCCUUUAUUUCAGAGCAUUUUCUAUAGAAAAAUGUAUCAUUGAACUUCUUUAUCUCUGAGAGGUGUAUGGAAAUCUUCUAAAAAUUUUAAAUAGCCUCUUGCCAGCUUUGAAAUGUAAUGGCAAGGAAGGUCCCGCCCCUGUCUCCCAGGGUGGGGGGGGCAGGAGCCUGAGUCAGGCGGGCCCCUCCCUCCAAGUUGCAAAACUAUCUCCAUCAAAAUAUGAGAAGUUCACUUUUCCUUUGGAGAAAGCCAAUUAGCUGACACAGGCGGCCACCCCAUUACCAGGUGAAUUUAGGAUGAAGUACGGGUGACAGAUGGUGCUGUCCAAUCCUCUUACUUGAGGACUAGCUGUUGUUUAUCUUGAGAGCGUGUGUGUAAUGGCUUCUGUCUGCCUGGCCACAUAAGGGGUCAGCUUUCUUUCUGUCUUUGUAGUUCUUAGUGGAUCGCCUGUGAUGCUCAUCCCAUUCUGGCUUUAAUGCUCAGUCAGUCAUACAACUGCCUUUGAUUCCCUCUUCUACCUGUGUGGAGGGUUUGGGGGUUGAGAGGCGCCUUUCCUUUUAAUCACAUUCUCCUGGCACCCCCAACCUGGUGAAUUUGGAAGACAUCAUCCUGCCCGUCACUCCUGUUUUCAGCUGCUUCACCAGCCUUUAAAUGUGGCUGUUCCCCAGGGUCUGUGCCGGCUCCUUCCUCUCACUGCCCACAAGCCCCCCGCUCCCCGUUCAUGACUGCUCUUCCGUAAGCACGUGCCUCUCAAGUCUCCAGCUCUUAGCAGGACCUGGCUCCUGAGCUCCAGGCCUGGAUGUCCCGCUCCCUGUUGGACAUCGCCACCUGGAGGGCCCAGGGGAGAUUCUCAUGAUGGGCACAGUUCGUGUUCUAGCUGCCCAGCAUGUAAAGGACUCUGCUAUAUUUGGGGAGUUUUCUACCUCCCCAAGGCAGAAGCCAGAAAAUAUUAAAAAAGAAUGGACUUGGUUGCUAAAGGGGAGAGGUGGGGGAGGAUGGGUGGGAAGGGAGGGAGAAGGGGAUUGUGGGGUAUCAUGAUUGGUGCACAUGGUGUGUGUGGGGUCACGGGGAAGACAGCAUAGCACAGAGAAGACAAAUAGGGACUCUGGCAUCUUCCUACACUGAUGGACAGUGACUGAAAUGGGGUAUGGGGGGACUUGAUAAUAAGGGUGAAUGUAAUAACCAUAUUAUUUUUCUUGUGAAACCUUCAUAAGAGUGUAUAUCAAUGAUACCUUAAUAAAAAUAAAUUUAAAAAAGAGAA